GCCUCAAAAUUCCUCAUUUUUGCCGGAAGUUCAGGUUGUGGGCUACUCUAGCCGUUCCGCGCCUCUAUCGCUGUUGCCGCGAGAUCGCGCUGCUUUUCAAGAUGGCGGCGACGCGGAGAGUAUCCGAGGCGCGGUUUCUGUAGGGCCCUUUCUCUCGUUGGAGCGACCGGGCGCCGCUCUGCCGUCGAGGUUGGCGGGCUCCGGCCUCUUCCUUCGCGCCCCGUGGAUCGACUGGGGUCAGGCGCGGAUCUGGGCUGUCCGCCUCUCCCUGCUUGGAGCCACCGGCUUUGGCGCCAGGUAACCUGUUACCGUUUCCCGACAUAGAAAUCCUUUCAUCUUCAUGGGCACAAACAGUUGUUUAUAGUACCACGAAGGUUGGAGCUUUGUGCAGAGCUGCGUCUCCUGAUGGUCCGGUGUUAAAACCCUGGUCGGAUCAAGGGCGAGCGUUUUUCAGUAAAUGCCUGACUUUUAACAGAAAAGGGUUUUUUUUAAUGAAAAAAUAUAUAUACUAUAUUACUGUUGUUGUUAUUAUUUAUACUAUAUUAUUAUUAUUAUUAUUAUUAUUAUUAUUAUUAAUUACUAUUAUAACGAGAUGUACUUCUGUAUGACUUGCAGAACUUCACUCGUGUGUUUAAUACUGACGUUUAUGCUGAAUUAUAUAUAUUUUUCUCCUCCUGGUCUAGUUUUCAUUCAGUGAAACAAUAAAAUAAACAAACUGUCAAAAUGGGGCGAAGAUCUACGUCAUCCACCAAGAGUGGGAAGUUCAUGAAUCCCACAGAUCAAGCUCGUAAGUGUACAGAAUUUAUUUUUUAAAAGUAAGGGGGAGGGUUUUAGGGGAGACGUAUGGUUGAAAGCAUGUAGCACAGUGUUAGAAACUAAGAUAGGAAAACUAGGAGCCAAAUCGCACCUUAAACCUAGGUUACGGGCGCAACAAUGGAAUGUCUAGGGGCACUUUUUUAAAUAACUAGAAUACAAAGCUGAAAAUGAACGAACUGCUGCUAAAAUAUUAUGUUCAUUUUUCACAUGGUCUAGUCCUUCCCCUGCCCCCCCCCAAUAUUCUUAAGAGGGUCUCUUCUCCAGUCUUCAGAGAGUAGCUGAAAGUGGGGAGGCAGAAAAAGGUCCUCCUUUCCUUCUGCCCUGCAGUUUUAAUUUGAAAUCUGAGGCGCAGUAAUGCGCCCAGACCUCAGAAACUGCUCACACUAAUUAAAUUCCCUGUUGCAAAAUGUGCCUGUAACAAUGGGAGUUUCGAACACUAAUGUAGCCCGAGGUAUAAGACCUAACACUGCAGGCUAAAAAUGUUACAGUAUACUGUGGGUUUAGCAUUAAACAAUGUCAGUGAAGGAAUGUACAGGAAUAUAAAAUAAUGGGAUGAUGGUAAUGUCAAGUGGAGAUUUUUCUUCAGAAGAUUGCUUUAUAUCAAGCUAAUCAGUUGAAGGCAUAAUGUUGCUGCUUUAUAAAUCUCAUAUACAAAUAUUUAUAUUAAAUUAUUUGAAGAGCAGUCAGUAUGACUUGCUUCACUGCAGUCUGUUAAUUAUAGGAUUUCUCAUAGUUCAAUCUAAGUGCACUUCUGUGCAGCUUCAAGUCGGUCCAUGUUUACUAUGGCUAUGUACACACUAUAGCUUCAAAGCACCUUUGAAGCACAGUCUUUUCCUCAAAGAAUUUUGAGUACUGCAGUUUAUUAAGGGUCCCUGGGAAUUAUAGGUAUGUGCAGUGUAAGCUAUAGUGCUCUGAAUUUUUUGAGGGAAAGAAUUUGCUUCAAAUGUGCUUUAAAGGUACUGUAUAGUGUUUACACAGGCUGUGUUUGCAAGAGUCAGAUUCCUUUCGGAUGGUAGAACACUCAACUUCUUUUCCUUAAAGACAGUUUUGGAAGAAGGUGGAGUAAGUUUUCAGGGUUGGUCAGGCAACAUUGUGUGUGCUUUUGUGAAGUAUACAAGUAAAGCCUUAUAGACUUAGAUUCCUCCUUGGGCAGAUGCUGAUUGCAUUUGCACAUAACAAUAAACCAGAUUUUCUGUCCGGCUGUUGUUUGUUGUGAACAAGCAGCAUUCUGGUGCAUGUUGCCCAGUUCCUGCUUUGCUCCUUCCCUGGCACAAGUACAGUACUUCUUAGGAUUCAAAGUGUACUCUGAAGUACAAUGAGUUCCGUGAUAAGUGUGGUUUUGAUUGCAGCCCAAAGCUUGCUAGUACUGGGUCUGAAAUUGAGCAUUUAUAUCUUUGCAGGCAAGGAGGCUCGAAAAAGGGAGCUUAAGAAGGUGAGAGAUCGUUGCUUUACUAAAGGCUGGUGACCCUAUACUUCUAUCUGUUAUGUGCCUAACGUAAAGCAUACCUUGUUAAUGUAGUACUUGCUAACUGAUGAGCCCUUUCCUAUUUAAAAAUACAGUAUUUUCCAAGUAUUCAUAAAGCUGGAGAAAUAAUGCAUUUUUAAUAGAAUUCUGAUAGUACUAAUGUUAUAUAUUUAUAGUUUUCCUUGGUGGAUGAUUAGUCUUAUUCUCAUCUGUAAGUAUAAAUAUCAUGGCAGUGUUUGACCAAGUACUCAAGUGUCUUUAAACAGGAAGCCAGUAAUAUAAAACCCCACAGAACUAGAGACUGAGGAUUGUAAAGGUUGAUAGGGUAUAAAUGUGAAGGUGUGUUAACACACUGCCUUUAAAAUUGGAAUGUAAAAUCAAUUUUAACAGCUUAGAACCGUGUUGUGCAGACUUUAGUCUUGUGGGAUCUGCUUUUUUAAAAAACUAGAAACUUAUCCUCCAAGUAGAGCCGGGUGCAAGAUAUGUUAUAGUGGGGGCAGCAGACUCUUAAAAUUAAGGAACAGGGUGCCUCUAAGCACAUGUUUGGCCCAUAAUUAUUUUCCCAGUACCAGAAUUGAGCUCACAGUCCUGUCAUGCAAAAACCCACUCCUGGAUCCCCCUAUUUUUUGUAUUGUAUAUGUUGCUUGGUUUGGCCGAUACAGGAAUCUUUCACUCUCUCUCAUUUUCUGGUGAGUCCAGAACAAGAAGCAACGCAUGAUGGUGAGAGCAGCAGUGUUGAAGAUGAAGGAUCCCAAGCAAAUAAUCCGAGAUAUGGAAAAACUUGAUGAAAUGGGUAAGUUUGAAUAAACCUUUUGGGGGGUUGGGGGAAACUUGAAUGGAGAAACCAGAUGGGGCCAAAGGCAUCUGUGAAGCUGAAAGACUUAGGGGUAGGCAAUAUGGUACUCUCUAUAUGUUAUACUAAAGCUCUCAUUGUCCCUGACCACUGGUCAUGUUGGCUUAUGGGAGUUAAUAGUUUAAAAAUAUCUGGAGGAGAAACACAUUGGCUGAUGUAACAAAUGUUAUCAGAUACCAUGUUUGUUGUUGUUGUUUUUUUUUUUUUUGGAGUAAGGAGAUCAAGGGCUGGGUACACUCAAGUGGCCCCGUCCCCGUGUCCUUUUUCUUUCUCUCUUUUAGAAGCCAUCCUAGAAACAUUGAUUGGACCAGGCAAGCUGCCCUAGAAAGGGGGUUCAUUGAAUGGGGAGCCGGGCCCAGGAAGGCCUUCCCCCCCCCUCCCUAGUCACUACUUGGGUUGCUGAUCAGGCUGGGGCACCUGGGAACUAACAGAGUUAUUUGAGCACCAGUAAGCUGUCUUCCCAAAUAUGUAUUCUCUUUUAGUGGCACUUAGGAGGAAAGCUUUCUUCGGGGUUCUGUUUCUGAACAUGGAUGCCACAAUGGCACAUGUGUUAUAAAUGUGGUGUGGUGAGAGGAAGAGAAAACAAUGACUUAAUUCAGGCUUUGCUUGUAAAUCUCUCUCCUUCCACAUGGUGGUCUCAAUCCUAAUGCUGGAUCAGAGUUUAACCCAGUGCAGCAACCCCAGCUCAAUGAGAAGGUGCUGAAGGACAAGCGUAAGAAAUUGCGUGAGACCUUUGAGCGUAUCCUGCGGCUCUAUGAGAAGGAGAAUCCAGACAUCUACAAGGAGUUGCGCAAGCUAGAAGUGGAAUAUGAGCAGAAGAGAUCUCAGCUCAGUCAGUACUUCGAUGCUGUAAAGGUAUCUGCCCUCAUCAGAUUUGAAUGGCAUUGAUUUAAGGGUUCUUACUCCUGGCUUACUUAAGUGUAGACAGUGCAAAGCCAGUUGCUUGGUUCCUUCUAAGCCCUACUGCGCUUUUUUUUAAAUUACAAGCACACCAUGCAUAUGUCUGGUAACAAACAGUACAUGCAAGCAGUGGUGUGUUGCAUUUGAAAAUCAUCUAUAUAAAAACUGGCUUUUCUGAAUCUCCUCCCUAUGUAGUUUGGUGACCAGAAACCUUCACUUUUCCCUCCUCAGAUUUCAUUGGAAUGGUUUAAAUGACUAUUUCAUUAAUUUGACUGGUCGUGUGAUGUUCCUUCUAAAUGGUUGCUUGCAUUUAUGAGUUGUCGGGAAACUAAAUGUUAUGCCACUGAUUGCUUCAUGUUGCUUUCUCAUUUAUAAAGCACCUAAAAUUUGCUAAGUGCUAUGCAACCCCCCCCCCCAACAUUCCUGCCUGCAGGCUUACAAUCAACUAGACAUGGCUCAGAAGGGAAGUGAAAGCCCUCUUGGCUGAUUAUUAAAGCUAGUAGUUGUUGUUUUUUUAAAUUUAAAUGUGGUUUUCAUUUAUGCUAACUGCUUACAGUCUUAAGUGACAGAAUUCAAAAGAAAUGGGGAGGGGAGAGGAAGAUAAGUAGGUUCCAGGCCUAAGUCUUUCAUGAGGUUGUAUCAGGCAUAGGCAAACCCGGCCCUGCAGAUGUUUUGGGACUACAACUCCCAUCAUCUCUAGCUAACAGGACCAGUGGUCAGGGAUAAUGGGGACUGUAGUCUCAAAACAUCUGCAGGGCCGAGUUUGGCUAUGCCUGGGAUAUACAAUCAAGAUACAUAAUGAGCAAGGGAGGAGAGGAUCCAGGCGCCGGGUGAUCCCAGUUGAGCUGAUGGAGGGGCGCUUGUCUCACCUCUCUGUCACAUACCCAUUGUCACCUCCUGAAGAUUAACCUAAGGGAAUGUUUAAAAAUCUCUUUCAGAAUGCUCAGCAUGUCGAAGUGGAGAGUAUCCCCCUGCCAGAUAUGCCUCAUGCCCCUUCCAACAUCCUCAUUCAGGACAUCCCCCUGCCUGGAGCGCAGCCCCCCUCUAUUCUCAAAAAGACAUCAGCCUAUGGGUAAGCAAGGAAAUGCACUGGAAAAGGCCAAAGCUCUUUUAGGGGUUGGUCUGUGUGGAUUACAAUCUGAUGCUGCUACUAUGAUUAAUAGGCUUUUGUGAAUCUGAUGCUGCUACUAUGAUUAAAUAGGCUUUUACUUGUGCAUUUAGAGCUUUUAAAAACCACGUGCUAUAAUUUGUGAGCUGCUUUUUGUUCAUGCGGUUUAAUGGUGGUUCUUGAAGUGUAGCUUAAGGCACAAGACAUGGACUGACAUCAUUUGGGCUGCAUGCUAGUACAGAAAAGUGUUAAGUGUGGCUGUUGAUUAAAUCUGGGGCACAUGCAUAUAUUGAAUUAAAUUGGUGCUCAGCUUCUUGUCCUUGUUGUCAGCUGUUUUGUUGCUGGCUGAGAAGAAAUACUAACUUCAGCCACUAGGGAGACAAUUGGCAUAAUAUUCACAGGGCAUAAGGAAGUAGCCAGAAACUAGGGCAAAAGCUCAGCUAGUGCUGCAGUGGCAUCCAACACUCUAGCUCAAACUGAAAAGCUUGUAAAUCCUUAGCUUUUAAACUGUUCAAAACCUUGUUUCUAGACCUCCUGUCCGGCCUGUUUCUGUACUUCCACCCCCUGGGCUUGGUGUUCCUCGCUUACCUCCAGGCAGGAAGCCUCCAGGACCUCCACCAGGGCCGCCUCCACCUCAGGUCUUGCAGAUGUACGGUCGGAAGGUUGGAUUCACCUCAGAGAUGGCCCCUCGGAGAAGAGAAGAGGAAGUGUCUUACAGUCCAGAGACAGGUAGUUAUGUUCCUCAUCCGCAAGUGCUACCUUUGAAGGUGACCCAGAAACUACAACUAAUCCAGAAUGCGGUAGCUAGACUGGUGACUGGGAGUGGCUGCCAAGACCACAUAACACCGGUCUUGAAAUAUCUAUUUUGGCUCCCAGUACAUUUCUGAGCACUAUUCACAGUGUUGGUGCUGACCUUUAAAGCCCUAAACGGCCUCAGCCCAGUAUACCUGAGGGAGCGUCUCCACCCCCAUUGUUCAACCCAGACACUGAGGUCUAGCUUCGAGGCCUUCUGAUGGUUCCCUCACUAUGAGAAGCGAGGUUAUAGGGAACCAGGCAGAGGGCCUUCUCGGUAGUGGUGGCCGCCCUGUGGAACACCCUCCCAUUAGAUGUCAAGGAAAUAAACAACUAUCUGACUUUUAGAAGACAUCUGAAGACAGCCCUGUUUAGGGAAGUUUUUAAUGUUUGAUGUUUUAUCGUGUUUUUAAUAUUCUGUUGGGAGCUGCCCCGAGUGGCUGGGGAAACCCACCAGAUGGGUGGGGUAUAAAUAAUAAAUUAUUAUAUUAUAUUAUAUUAUAUUAUAUUAUAUUAUAUUAUAAUUACCAUUGUAGUUGAGGAUGGGGGCUGGGGUUUCAUAUUCUUCUGUACACAGGCAGUUGUGCUUUGUGGAAAAGUUGGGGAAAUCUUCUGACAGUUUCCUAUGUUGUUCAUUCUCCCCUGUACUUUUAAAAGAUGUAAAACUAGAUUUAGUUUUGAGGACACAGAUUUGUAAGGAGAAGAAAAGACACAUUGCCAAUUUUGAAGGAGGCCUAAAAGAUGGAUGGCAAAUAAAUAGAAAGGAAAGCCAUGUAAGACAUUCCCAUGUUUUGAGCAUGGAAGAAGCAUUUGAAAUAUCUGGUAUGCAUAUGUAUUCUCGUGUAUAUGCUUUUAAGAAGCUACUAGUUCCCAAGAAAUACAUUAGGCUUGCUAUUUAGAACUCCCCCCCCCCCUUCCCCCAAAUCUCAGAUUUAUGUGAACGCUUUUUGGAUAUGACUGCUAUGAUACUUUGCAUGCUACAGUUAAACAUAGUUAAUGGAACACUCCCCUAGCAUGAGUGAUAAACAAUGAUGCCUUGCUGAGCAAUAUGUCUGAAUCAGCAGUUGUGGUUUUGUUCCAAGCCACAUUGUUAAACCAAGGUUUGUUCUUGGCAUACCAACAGUGGCUUGUUUGGAUGUAAUGGUAAGCCAGAGAUUGUAUUUUGUGGAUCAUGCCAAGGAAGGAGUGAAGCAGAAGCAGUUUGUAUGUUCCAGGUAAACCAUUAACUAUGGUGUACAAUGAUGUUCAAAUGUCACCACUAAAUAAAUAUUGUCACUGUUAACCUACUUUGUUAUUUAUUUAUUUUUUGCUUUGUUCGGGAACAAUUUUAUAUAAAUUAUCAUCAGCUAUGCUCAUUUGUAGACACUUUGCUGUACACCUGUGGGUUUAUAGAAGAAACCAGCCAUCCAGAAAUCAAAGUGGGCAGGUGAUGCAGGUAUUCUGAUAUUUCAUAAUGAUUCUUCUUGGCUGUGAAGUUUGCAGGAGACUAUUGGACCUGAACUGUUGAUUCUCCUCUUCACCUCCCUACCCCAUCGUAUUGUAAGGGAAAGCUUUUACAGUAUCAAAACAAGCUGAACGUUGCUUUUCUUGGUGGCUUCAUGUUUGAACUACUCAGGUCCACGAGGGCAGGAUGAUGAAGCUUCCAGUACCAGUGAAGAUGAGGGUUAUCCCGAGGACAUGGAUCAGGACAAACACGAUGACACUACUGAUGACAGCGACAGUGACAGAAGUGAUGCAGACAGUGAAGGGGAAGAGUUCAUGCAUCACGAUGACACGGCUGAGAGGGAGGGUGGUGAAGACAAGAAAUUGGGUAAGCUUCUCAGGAGAAUGGAUUUGAAAUAGUUAUGCUUUCAUAGUGUUUGAGUAGGUGAGAGCAAGCAUGAAUGCUUUACCAACAUCUGAAUUAUUGUUCUAAGCUCUUUCAUAGGAUGCUUUCCAGCAUUAUUUUGUAGAGUGGUACAAGCAAUCUCUUGAGUUCUUUCUUUAUAAACAUACUGUUCUUGACUAGUCUGAUACGUAUCCCACCUGAUGUAUAUACUGGCUGCAUCAAAGGGGGAGUUAAUACAGCAAAGUCUGCUCUGCUGGGACCAACCGUGGGUUGGCUCCUCCUCCUCUUAGAACUGUUUCCCGUAAUGGCUGUCCAUCUGGUUAUUGUAACAAUUGCAUAACUUGAUUUAAGAAUUUGUGGCUGAAUCUGCUGUUUUGCUCUUCCCCCUCUUACCAUUUUUUGUGUGUGUCAUGCAUAUUAACAUUGUAAGCUUGUGGAAGGGUACUGUGUGGGCAUUAACUUUGUGCAGUGCCUAGACCAGCCUGGCACCAUCCUGUUCCUUUAGAGUACAACUCCCAUCAGCUGUAGCCAGCAGAACCCUGGGAUCCAGCAACAUCUGGAGGAAACCAGCUUAGAGGAACAAUAACAGGGACAUUGAGGCACUUUAUAAAUAGUAGCUAAUAAUAAUGUUGGGUCAUUUGGUUGUUAGAAAAGAUAAAUGGCUUUGUACAACAUAAAAUCUAGCAGAUAAUGUGCUCACCUGUAAGAGUCACUUGAAGCCUUGAAAAUACAUAGCUACUUAAAUUUCUGAAUUGCAGCAUGGAAGAGCCUGGAUUUUUAAAGCACUCCAGACAUUAAAACUGAGAGGAGAUGACUGAUGAAUUCCUAAUCCUCCAUCAAUUUACUUCUGCAGGCCAUAGUGUACGGUUUGCUGAGAUACCUGGAAAAUCACGCAAGAAGAAGAAAAACAUGAAAGAGCUCACGCCACUUCAGGCCAUGAUGCUGCGAAUGGCUGGUAAGAAAGCCUGGAUUUUUCUCAGCUUUAUUUCCCACCCACCCCCAACCUUCUUCAUUUUAGUUGCAAGCUAUGGAAGUCUGUUUACCCAGAGAAAUUAACUCACAAAUAGUUUAUUAAGCAAGGAUUUGCAUUAAAAAUCUAUCUAGAAAGUGCCUUAUGAAUAGAAGCUAGGAUAUGGGACCAUUUAGCACAUCAGCUGACUGAUACAGCAGUGAAUUUGACCUCAUAAUUCGCAUGUGUGGUUGUCUUCCAAAUUCCUGAGUCCCCAACCCCUGAUUAAAUUAAUAUGAAGACGGAAGGCAGGGACUGGUUUAAAGGAUGCUUUCAUAGCUUUCUCAGACUGGUCAUGGUGAAACUGGUAUGUAGCUGGGAUUUUCAGACACUGUGGGAUGAAGGAACCCCAUAAGCGGCUGCCCACAAAAUAUUAACGCAGGACCAUUGCAGAAGAGUGUUAAAUAGACCUUCAAACCUUGAAGAUAACACUGAGGAAUCCCUAAGCCAGUUCUAUCUAGCUUUUUGAAACUUAGCGAGAAAAUGAAUUCCUUGACACCACAGGGCAGCGGGGCACCUUUAAUGACGGGUAGGUGUGCCAUGGAUGGGGGAAGCACUGUGCAACCAUCUCCAUGCUUCAGAAGAAAGAAAGUGGGUGUAAGAAAAAUUCUGAACCCUGCGCUCCUACUCUGGAUUAGGUCCCAUGCCACUUGCUGGAAUUUAUUUCCGAUCUAUGCAAGGCUGGGGCACGGCUGCUAAUCUUCCAACCCCAUUCAACAGGAGGGAUGCAGGAACGAGGCAGCGGGCUUGGAACAUCCUGGAGGAAAUUUGGGCCUUGCCAUAGCCGCCCUGUGGAGAUACUUGUAGCAUUCAAUAGCAGUUUCCUAAUUACUGAUAGAAUAUUUUUCCUGGGCCUUCAAAUCAUUCUUUUCUAAUGUUGGCCUGUGGUCUAUAUUGCCUUUUAAAGUCCCAGAAUCUGUUUUAAAGAUCAAGCCUCCAUUAUUUCUCUUCAGGCCAGGAAAUUCCUGAGGGAGGCAAAGAGGUAGAAGAGUAUUCUGAAGAGGAAGAUGAUGAUGACGAUGAUGACUCUGAGGCUGAAGAUACACCACAGCAGCAAAGCGCGGAAGAGGCCCAUGCUGAGACAGCAUCAUCGGCAGCCUCUCAAGCAUCCCAGCCACAGCAGCAGCCACCACCUCAGCCUGUUCCUCCGACUCAGAUGCAAGCGCCUCCCAUGCCUGGGCCACCCCCUCUUGGGCCACCUCCUGCACCACCCUUGAGGCCUCCAGGGCCACCUACUGGCCUCCCUCCUGGUCCUCCUCCAGGUGAGCACCUGAUGAAAUUUAAGAAAUCCAGGCUUCUCUUUGCUUUGGGCUCCCAGCUUGCAAAUCCCGAAAACAGGCAGUUGUCUUACUCAGCUAGCAUGCUGGUGGAGGCUUCCCACUCCAACGUCACAUGAAUGUUGCACUUCAAACACUUGUCUUUCUCAUCAGGCAGAUACUCAGUUUUUGUUUAAUCAGUCUCUUGCAGCCGUGGCAACAAAAGGAGGGGUGGGGGGAGGCAGCUACCCAGUGGGUGGGUGACUGUUUUUGUACAUCUCUGGCACUUUGUAAAUGAUUUGACGUGAUUCAGAAGGAAAAAGCAAUGUAUUUUGAUAAAAAAGUGGUCACCAUGGGCUGUGUUGGAGUGUUUGUGUAAAAAAGCAAGGUAGUCUUAAAAACCUCUCUUUCUCAUCUCUUUGGCACAACAACAGGUAAAUGGUAAUGAGGAUUUGCCAUGUUAACCCAUAAACUAAACUGUCUUUGUGCAAAUGCUUUCACAGGGGCUCCUCCGUUUCUUAGGCCACCUGGGUUGCCUGGAAUGCGUGGCCCUUUACCACGACUGUUGCCUCCCGGACCUCCCCCUGGCCGCCCCCCUGGCCCUCCACCUGGUCCACCGCCAGGUCUGCCUCCUGGCCCUCCUCCAAGAGGACCCCCACCUCGCCUGCCACCUCCAGCCCCUCCAGGUAAUACUACAGUUUACUCACAGGAUCUCUUUUAUUCACUGUUAUGGAUAAACAAAAUUAGUCUAGUGGUGUAUGCUUUCAUCUUAAGGUUUUUUAAUGUAGUAAGAGUUAUGUACUGCUUAAUAAAAAUCAUAAUUUAUAAGUGGUCAACUACAAGCUGUUGUUGAAUCCUAAAAUUAGAGGGUGAUAUUUUCCUGUCCUUUUUGUUCCAGCACAGUGAAACGCUCUAGGUUUUAUGAAUCGUUGGUACACCUGUUGGAAUUUGAUGAUUUAAAAUGUGUGUCCCAUGUAAUUUUGCAAAUAUAAUGACCUUAAAUUAAGGGGAGGCAAAAGGAACUUGAGCUGAUGCUGGUAUUGGUUCCUUCUGAGCAAAGAGUAGCAGGCUAACUUUUAUCUCUUCCUCCAGGCAUCCCCCCUCCUCGUCCAGGCAUGUUGCGCCCUCCUUUGGUGCCCCCACCUGGGUUAUUUCCCCCAGCUCCCAUUCCCAAUCCUGGGGUGCUGAGUGCUCCGCCCAGCUUGAUCCAGCGUCCCAAGGCGGAUGACACCAGUGCAGCCACCAUUGAGAAGAAAGCCACAGCGACCAUCAGCGCCAAGCCACAGAUCACCAACCCCAAGGCUGAGAUCACCCGCUUCGUGCCCACGGCCUUGCGAGUUCGCCGAGAAAACAAAGGGACAGCUGCCACCACCCAGAGAAAACCUGAUGAUGAGCCUUCUGUUCAGAUAACCAAAGCAACUCCUAAGGCUGGCUCUUCUGCUCCCAUUUCUGUGCAGACAAAAGAUGAUGUCUAUGAAGCUUUCAUGAAGGAAAUGGAGGGGCUACUGUGACAAUCUGUUCCCAGUUAACCUGUAUAUUCUCUGCGAUUAUGAGAUCAGACUACUGUCUUAGGGGCAGAGGUUCCAUGUUAUAGUGGCAUCCGGUUGAAGAGCUCCUUCAUUUGUGACAAUAGUCCCCCAUCCCUAUUAACUUGUGAUCACAUUUGGGAGAACGACCACUGUAGAGAGUGGAAAAGGGGUGCAAUUACUCUACUCACUUUUUAAUGAAAGACUUGGUUGUGUCUGUGUGCUCAUGGAAAAUCCUGUUGUCUCAUUUUUUUAUUUUUGUUAAAGGGAGGAAUUACUUGAGGAACCAGAACACACUGUUAAAGCAUUUCUUCCACAUGUACCGAUCAAGUUUUUAUGUUUUGUUUUGGUGGCUUUCUGUAAAUAUUUUGUAAUGCUGUUUUUAGCUGGGUGAGAAAAAUGGGUUUACACAUUGUUGUAAGGUGGGCAGGUUACUGUUUGCAUAUAUGGCAUGCAAACAUUUUGCACCCUGUGUAUCCUGCACUCACUACUGUGGCUUCUUGCUAACAGGAGCGAUCAUUGUCUUAUUGAAAGAGAAUAAAUAUUUGAUGUAAUACACCA